AAACCAAUCUAAGGCAUUGUCUUCUUCUAUUGUGGUUUCUUUAUAUAUAAACUAUGCUUGUAUAUAACCCUGUUGUUUCACACAAAAAUUCUUACAUUAUUUUUAACCUAUCUUUCUCUUUUGUUUUACCCUAUUAGACGUUCAUUUCUCUCUGUUCCCAUGUGAGGUAUAUACUAUAUACUAUAUACUAUAUAUACUAUAUAUACUCGCAAUGAUCAUUUUGUGACCCUAAUAUAGGAGCCAAGAAAAAAAAAAAAGCCUACACCAUUCUCAUUCUCAUUCCCUAUCCAUCACCACAAGAGAAAAAUGAAGAGGAUCCCAAGUUGUGUGUCUUCUUUUGCAAUCCAAAUGAUUCUUGUAGCUUCUAUUUCUGUUCCCUUCACACUGUCCCAACCAUCUUUCCAUGGGGAUGGUGACUUGGUAGACCAAAUAUGCAGAAAAACACCCUUUUACGAUCUCUGCAGCUCCAUCCUGCACUCAAACCCUCUCAGUCCAAAACCUGAUCUCAAAGCAGUGGCCCUCUUAAUGGUGAACAACAUUGUGGUAAAUGCAACUGAUACACUGAGUUACAUCGAGGGUCUUCUCAAGCAGACCCCAGACCGUGAGUUGGAGCAAGCCUUGGCCUUCUGUGCUGAGUCUUAUAUCCCUCUCAUCAAAUACAUUCUUCCGCAAGCUGCUGAUGCUAUUAGCCAAGGCCGUUUUGGCUUUGCCAGUUACUGCAUUUCUGAUGCUCUCAAAGAAAUCAGUAACUGCGACAAGAAAUUCUCCGGCACAACUCAGGCACCCUUGGGAGACAGAAACGACAUUGUGCAGAAGCUUGUGGAUGUAGCCUCGGCUAUUAUCAAACUACUGCUAAAGGCUUGAUUUGUUCACCUCUCUUCUCUGUUCCAUUGCUUGUACUUGUAGGUGAUUGCACUUAGUAUAUAGUUGUAGUACUAUACCAGUAGUAGUACUGUUAUUUAGAUGGUUGAUUCUGCAUAAUGUAUGGUUCGUUCACCGAUUCAUUGUUUGUGUACUUUGAAGCAACUCUAUAUAAACCAUAUGAAUGAAACUCAGGUUAGACAUGAACCAAAACAUUUUCUUUCACUCUUUCAGAGGUUUCUUCUUGCACAGAUUGAGAGCUAUGUAUCUGAGGAAGCUUCGUAUGAGAUAGGUGCUAACAAACUCAGCAUCCGGUUCUGUUUAUUAUUUAUUUAACUUUCAGCCCCUAACUUCUUGUUUGAUUGCUACUCAGUCCUCUCGUUUAUUGCAUAUUAAGACGGAUAUGAAUGGAGGAGAUUUAGUGUGUGCAAGUCAAAAGUUGCUUUCAGUUUGAUUGAUAUGCAAUGCAGAUACGGAGAAUAAAAACGUACGUCACUCAUGAGAAUAAUUGAUAUCUUUUCUUAUAUAAUAUUGUGUAUUAAAACACAAAUAAAAAUAUUAUUGCGUUUUUUAUUUUACAAUUAUCUAACAUUGGGUGCCCAUUGGACCUGAGAUGAUAAUUAAGCAAAGGACUUUCCUUGAAACACAGAUUGUAGUAAUUUGAAAUUCUUGGGAAACCAGCUUUAUUUAUAAAACUGAUUAAUACAGCUAGCUCAUC